AGCACUCCCCGGUCCACCUGCAGCUUCGGUUGGUGUGUCAGCCUGCGGGGAUCGAGCCGAGCCGAGCCGAGCGGCGGGGCUGAGAGGCGGAUGCUGGAGCAGCGGCUGGGUACCACCGGGAGCAUCACUCAGCGCGAUGGACAGAAUGAAUUUUCUCUCCUUCCUCCUCCUUUGCUUGGCUUCGGUUGCCAGUGGCAACAAAGCCAAUAAGCACAAGCCUUGGAUCGAGACGGAGUACCAAGGGAUCGUGAUGGAGAACGACAACACGGUGCUGCUGAACCCUCCUCUGUUUGCCCUGGACAAAGACGCUCCGCUGCAUUACGCUGGUGAAAUCUGUGGGUUCCGGGUCCACAACGGUCCCUCCGGUUCCGGCUCGGUCCAGUUUGAGGCGGUGGUUCUGGAUCGCUCCACCGGCGAGGGUCUGGUUCGGUCCAAAGAGCCGCUGGACUGCGAGAGUCAGAGAGAACACAGCUUCACCAUCCAGGCCUACGACUGUGGAGAGGGUCCAGACGGAGUCAACAGCAAGAAGUCCCACAAGGCCACCGUACAUGUCCGUGUGAAUGAUGUUAAUGAAUUCUCUCCGGUGUUCGUGGAGCGCCGCUACGAGGCUUCGGUCCCAGAAGGACGUCUGUUCGACCGGAUCGUCCGGGUCGAGGCUCUGGACGCCGACUGCUCGCCGCAGUACAGCCAGAUCUGCUUCUAUGACAUCAUCACGCCCAACGUGCCCUUCGCCAUCGACAACGACGGAAACAUCAAGAACACGGAGCCGUUGGAUUCGAAGCGCGAACGUGUUUACACCUUCUGGGUCACCGCCUUUGACUGCGGGAAGAACCGGGCUCAGGCCGACGCUCAGGUCGUGGUCACGGUCAAACCAUCGUGCAAACCCGGCUGGAUCGGAUGGACCAAGCGGGUCGAGUACACCCCCGGGUCGGGCAGCAUCCCUCUGUUUCCCAGCCUGCACCUGGAGACCUGUGAGGAGACGGUGUGGAACAUCCAGGCCACCGUAGAGCUGCAGACCGGACACAUCGGGAAGGGCUGUGACCGGGACAGCUACUCGGACCGAUCGGUGCGCCGGCUCUGCGGUGCGGUCCGUGGAGAAGUGGACCUCCUCCCGCCACCGUCUCCUGCAGCCAACUGGACCUCGGCGCUGCCCACGCUGCCCUCCUCCGACUCCUCCCUCGUCUUCUCCUUCAACGGGUCCAAUCACGUCGCCGUGGUGCCGGACUCGGUGGUCUCAGCGCUGACAGGUGACCACUUCACCCUGCAGCUGUGGAUGCGGAGGGGCGGAGCCAACAUCCAGCCCGCCGCCACUCAGACCCGAGGAAAUCGCAAAGAGGAGGAGACCAUCGUGUGCAGCACCGUGAAGAACGAUGACUCCUUCUCCCACUACUCGCUGUCCGUCCACGGCUGCCGCCUCUCGCUCUUCUACUGGCCCGACGUCUCGGCUGCUCGGCCCGUGAAGUUCCUGUGGAAGCUGGAGCAGGUGUGUGACAGCGAGUGGCAUCACCUGUCGCUCAGCGUCCAGUUUCCGUCGGUGACCCUCUAUGUGGACGGCGUGACCUUCGACCCUGCCCUCAUCCAUGACAACGGUGCGAUACCCAACCCGGCGGCCCGCCAGAGGAUGUUCAUCGGCGCCUGCUGGGAGCCUGAAGAGAAGCAGAAGGAGAUUCUGAACAACAGCAUCCCUGAAGGCAAAGACUCAGUCAGGUAUGUUGGCGGUUACCAUGGGCUGUUGUCGGGGGUGACGGUGCGCCCCGGCAGCGUGGAGCCUCACAGCGUUGUCGAGUGUUUAUACGCCUGCAGGGAGGGUCUGGACUUCGGAGACCUGGAGACACUCGGCUCCGGCAUGAAGGUUCAUGUGAAUCCCAGCCAGUCAGUGUUGGUGCUGGAGGGCGAUGACAUUGAGAGCUUUAAUCGAGCAGUGCAGCAGGUCACCUACAGAAACUCUCUACGAUUCGCCACACCAGGAGUCCGGCCGCUGAAGCUCACCACCUCGCUCAGAUGUUUCAAUGAGGAGAGCUGCCUGUCCCUCAAACAGCUGGAAGGUUACCUGGUGGUCCUGCAGCCCGACGCCCCUCAGAUCUCCCUGUCAGGAGUCGGACCUCAUCUGGCCCGGCCUGCCCCCGAGUUCGAAGGUUCCCGCGGUGUUCCUCUGUUCCCGGAGCUCCGGAUCGUCUGUUCACUGUCUCACGCCGUGAAUACAGCAGCUCAGGGGAUGGAGGGGGGAGCUCUGAUGUCUGACGCCGUUGCUCACACUUUGGAUGGCUGUGAGGUCCAACCGCUGGGGGAGGAGCUAAACCCAGAGAGGGAGGAGCUUCUGGUGGACAUGGACGUGGUGCGAGAGCGAGGACUGGAGAUCAUCAACACGACGGCUUACAUCGCCAUCACAGGAGCUGAGUCCAUCUCUGUGUACGAAGACGUCCUGCGCUCUGUCCGGUACCGUCUGGCCAAAGGCUCGGCCCGAUUCGAGCGGCGGUUCCGUUUGUCCUGCUCCGAGAUGAACGGCAGAUACACCAGCAACGAGCUGACUCUGGAGGUGAACUUCCUGCACUCUCUGGACAGCCUGUACCACCCAUCUCACCUGUUGGCCUCCCAGCAGCAGUUCCUGCAUCCGUCGCAUCACGCCGGAGAGCUGAGUGGUCACACGCUGCCCAACCCUCACCGUAACUCAGUGGUACCGGGAGCAGCUACUGUCAUCAUCAUGGUGUGCGUCGGCUUCCUGGUCGUCAUGGUGAUCCUGGGCGUCUUCCGGAUCCGCUCCAUCCACCGCCGAGGCGAAGGCGCCAGGGGCGGGGCUAAGGAGGGCAGCAGCCAAUGGGAUGACUCGGCGCUCACCAUCAUCAUCAACCCUAUGGAGUCCUACGAGUCCCGCAUGGGGAUCUCUGCCGACACGGAGGCCGAAGGCGAGGAGGACGAGGAGGGGGCGGAGUCACCCGACGACACCAGCGACGACCAGCGAAUCAUCAUCAAGAAGGAGGGAAGGGACGGGAACGCCCGCCGCUACUGAGCCAAUCGUAUCUGUGCACCGGUUGUCAUGGAAACCACCAAUCAGCUCACAGUCUCACACUCACACUUUACUAUCGACUAGUUUAAGGAAUGUACGCUUACAACACGACGCACAACACCGUAACACUCAGCGCCAUCUGUGACCUGAAGCCGACCACGGGCUGCCGUCCUCCACUAAAUGUUCUAUGGCACAAUGUAAACAGUAAUCUAACCACCGUGUACGUGGUGCACAGUCUGAUCACAUUGUCUGUAUAGUGUAACCGGACGGACGGGACUGCUUCCUCUCAAACACGAUUGUAUUCCACUUUUUGUUAUCGAACGCAGAAUGAGAUCUUUACCAAAAAAAAAAAAAAAGUAAACUGCAACAAUUCGAAAGGCCUUGAGCAGAUCCGACACUUUUUCUGUUCUCCGUCAGACUCAAGGGUCUGGGCACAAAACUCCGACACAUUCCUGCAAACGCGAGCGACGCAGUGAGUCGGAACAAAAGAAAAAAGCUCAAAAACAUCAACAUCUGUAGAAAACCUGCUGAACAUCUGACUCACUGAUUCACUCAGCUACACACACCUAGCACACACAGACACACACAGGAACUACACACAGCACCACACUCCGUUGCGUCUCCGCUGUCUCCAGAAUGUCGCUCCGUCGGGCAGUUUUGAUUGUAUUGAUUGUACUGAAUCUUCUGUAUAUAAAUAUUCUGAUAUUCUUGUUAUUACUAUUAUUAUUAUUGCAGCGGCUCUGUGUGGAAGCUCCGUUCGUUUCUCCAUCGCAGCGUCAGAACACGGUGUCCUGAUAAUAAUAGUAGUAGUGAUGAUAAGACGAUAAUCCGGCUUGAUGAGUGUCUCUUACUUUGUGUGUAAUAUUGUUGUAAUUUAAGAACUUGUCGAUAUCACAGAAAAAGGAGGCGCACCGUCGCCUCGCUCUCUAAUCUCACAGGUGAUUUUUUCAACCUUUUUGGAUUCUUUCUGUUCGCUUUCAUCUGGUAUCUUUGGUUCAAUGAAUGUACAACAGUGUGCUUCUCCUCACCUGUCCUCCCCCUGCCUCACCUGUCCCAGAGUCUCACCUGUCCUCCCCCUGCCUCACCUGUCUUCCCCCUAUCUCACCUGUCCUCUUCCAUCCUCCCCCUGUCCUCACCUGGCCUCUCCUGCCUCCCCUGUCCUUUCAUGUCCUCCCCCAGUUUCACCUGUCCUCCCCCAUCUCACCUGUCCUCGCCUGUCCUCCCUUGUCUCACCUGCCCGCUCUUGUCCUCCCCGUCCUUUCUUUUCCUCCCCCAGAUUCACUUCUUCUCCCCUGCCUCCGUUAUCUCUUGUCCUCCCCCAGUCUCACCUGUCCUCUCCUGCCUCCCCCUGCCUCACCUGUCUUCCCCCAUCUCACCUGUCCUUUCUUGUCCUACCCCAGUUUCACCUGUCCUCUCUUGUUCUCCCUUGCCUCCCGUUAUCUCUCUUGUCCUCGCCCUGUCCUCACCUGCCUCACCUGUCCUCCCCUUCCUCCCCAUCUCAUCUGUCCUCUCUUGUUCUCCCCUGUCCUCCCCUGCCUCCCCCGUCGUCCCCUCUGUGUCUCUUGCUGUCCGUCUGUGUAGCCUCAGUGUGCAGUGCUAAAGCUGUCAGUAAAUAAAGCCUGUUGUUUUUGAGUGUGAUGUUAAGAAGGAAUAAACAUUGCAUUGAUUAAUAACUUAUAUUAUUAAUAUGUUACUAUUGGAACCUGUAAUUAUUGAUACAAUGACGACAUGGAUUAUGCUGACUAAUUGUUAUUGAGAACUGUCAGAAAACAUUACAAAAUUCAUAAUAAAAACACUAUAUGACGUC